AUGCACUCAGGCCCACCUUCCCCACUUCCUCUACUUCCCUCACUUUCAUCCCUCAGUUCAGAGGAGGCUUGGCCUGAUGCCAGGACCACUCCUGCCCAACUUCCCAUAAAAGACCCACUGCCUGCCACUGCAAGCACCACCACCCUUCUUGUGGAGCCUUAUCAUCCCCUGAGUCAAGAGCCACUUGGAAAGAUCCAGGUCAACAACAACAAGUAUGAUAUUUUGAAGGUCAUGUUCUCAAGUACUAGUCUCGUUGGUCGAGGCACUGUCUGCUACCAAGCUAGGAGGACUUCGGAUGGCCAGGGAUUUGUCAUCAAGGACCACUGGGUCCUUUGGGAUGUAGAUGAUGUAGAUGUCCUGAAUGAGAUCAUGAUGAUGAAGGCAAUGGAUGAUAUUCCUGGUGUCCCAAAGCUUGAAGAGGGACGAUAA